UCAUCGCGGGCGGAGUAAUCAGACCGAAAAGCUAUUCACGCGACCGGUUGGGAAAAACUUGUGUAUGAAAGUAGAUCACUGAUUGGCUGUCAUGCUGUGUGGACUCUCUCUAUACCAUCCCCCUUAUAUUUAUGACUUCUGAUGUGUUGAUCGUCAGUCAGUUCUGCUUUUGUGGUGUAGCUGGAUGGUAAUUCCCACUAACGACAUCUGUUGUUGACAAGUGAUAGCGUUACAUUGUCUAGAUCUAGAUCUAGUACAGUUUUGUUUUGGUUAGGUUUUCACGACGCGGGAUUUCCGAAAACGCCAACUCGCUUGAAGAAAGGCGAUGAAGAACUAUGGUGCUCUGGAGUUUGACGUCUUGAAUGAGACUUCUGGAAAAAGAUGGGCUGUUCGUGUUGAGUAAAGACAUGUGGAAAGGCAAGCGUUCAUGAACAGCAAUCAGCACCAACAAACAAACGUACAGAAAAAAAUACAGUUAUCCUCACCCCGAGAACAGGUUCUAGGGAUUCAGAAAUUCCUGUCAAGUUACACACAAGUUACGACAUAUAAUAGGAAACAUACGAUCACAGAAGCAAGCGAGUGAACCAACAAACGUACACAAAACACGAACAGACAUUAGUGAAAGUGCCUUGUGCUUCCCUUUUGUGGUCGUUCGUCCGUUCCAGUGGUCCAAGCUUUGAUUGUGUGUCCAGUACUCCGUGACGCAUUGAAACUGGCUGGAAUCUGUGAGAGAACAUCGGUGAUAUAUUAUCGUCACUUAUCACAACAAUAAUAUACAGUGCAUACAACCACGAUGUCGGGGAGCGUAAUAAUCCGACCCACCCCGGACUAUGAAAAGCUGAAGAAUGAACUGCUUCACUCUGGAUCUGUGUUCUCUGACAAUCAAUUUCCCCCAAAUUCUAGAUCAAUCUACCCCGACGGCCGUGCACCGCCAGGAGACAGAUUUCAUGGCAAUAUCAUUUGGAAACGACCAUCGUGGUUUAUCUCUGCGGCUGCUGUUUUGGCCACGGCACAUCGGAAAAACUUUGAGAUUGUCUUACCAAAGGACCAGGGGUUUGAGGAAGGCCAGUACACAGGCAUGUUCCGCUUCAACUUCUGGUGGUACGGCAAGUGGACAGAGGUGAUUGUGGACGACUAUUUGCCCACUGACGGGCGUCGGCUCAUCUACUGCAGCAACAAGGCGAGGCCCAAUGAGCUCUGGCCCUGUCUGCUGGAGAAAGCCUAUGCAAAAGACCCGACAACGCUGCUUCUAGAGAGGUGAAAAUGAGCAACGGGCUCUACAUGGGUCAUGCCUACAGUAUCACUGGAUUCAGACAGCUCUGCAGAGAUGGCCCACUUGUCCCGCGAGCUACAGGAAGACAUGAAGUUCAGGAGUAAAGACGACGGAGAGUUUUGGAUGAGCUACUCAGAUUUUCUCAGCAACUUUCAGGAGAUUCAGUUGUGUCAUCUGCAGCCCGAUGCUUUCAUCACAGAACUGGCUGACAACGAAAGAAAACAAGACUGGAUGGUGACAGUAUACCACGAUUCUUGGAUCAGGGGUGUGACAGCAGGAGGCUGUGGGAACAAACCAAAUGAAAGACUGUACUGGAAAAACCCGCAGUUCUUCGUGUCGCUACACAACCCGGACUCCAUGCUAGGCCACGGAGACGACUGUACGCUUAUCGUGUCGCUCAUGGAGAAGGAGAAAAAUAACCAGUCCAAGAUCGCUGUGGGCUUUGAUGUUUAUAAGCUCAAAGAUCCUGACUUCAAACCCUUGGAUGACGCACGCGCUCCCAGAAAUGCACUCUUACUCACCCGACGCUCAGGUUCCUAUGUGUUCUACAGGGAAAUCACCAAACGUUUCGAGUUGCCGCCUGGAAAUUACGUCAUCAUUCCGUGUACAUUUUACCCCCACGAAGAGGCGGAAUUCUUGCUUAGGCUUUUCACUGAAAAGCACGCUGAUAGUGGAGCUGGAUGAGAAAAUGAAGUUUCCAUUGGAAUCGUGUCGUAGUCUCAUGGUGCUCAUGGAUCAAAAUAAAUCAGGUUUCUUAAAUCUCUCGGAGGCGAAGAGGGCGUGGAAAGAAAUCAAAGCUUAUAGGCAAAUCUUCAAGCAGUUUGAUGCUGAUCAUUCCAACACAGUUGACACUUACGAGUUAGGGACCAUGUUUGCUCGGCUAGGUUUCCCCGUGAGUCGUGGAGUACUCGCAGCUAUUGUGAGACGAUACGGAGGCCGGGACAGCAGACUCACUUUGCCGGAUUUUGUCAUGAUUAUCUGCAAACUCACGACCUUGUUUGCAUCAUUCCAUCAACAGCAGAAACAGUCGGGGAGAGGGGAGGAUGUGGCUGAGUUCAGCAGGAACGAGUUUUUACAGACGACGAUGUCCAUGUAAAGCAGCACGUCAUGAAUAGCAUGUUUACAUAUCGGCUGCCUUGCUCAACUCUGCAACCUCUAGACCACACAAGGUGUACAGAAUAACAAUUCCUUUCUAUUUUAAUAAUACUGUUGUUGAAUAGUUAUGAUCACCAUAUUUCAUUCCUGUUAUCAUACUUAGGUAUAUUAAAACGAAUUUUUCAAAUUUUAUGAUAAGAUUAUUGUAUUUAUUUUAGGACGAUCUGCCCUAACCAUUAUGUUCUGUGCAUCAUGCUAAAACUACAUGCAUUUGUAAUGAAUCGCUGAUGCUUUAAAAAUUGUCUAUGUAUUGAUCCAUUUUCCUUCAACAAUUGUUUUGUUUGUUGCUUUUAUUGGUUUGUACUCUUAGUUUGUGAUAUGUUUUUCUAUAUUUUUUAACUCUUUGCGCUGCUGAAAUUACGCAACGUGAAAAAACAUUGUUUUGUCUCUGAUAGUUCUGCAUUACUUGUGCUUGUACCUCUCCGACCAGUGCCAUGUUAUAAGUGGUGGGACGGCUGUCCUUACUGUCCUAUAAUGCUUUAUGUAAUGAAAGAGGAAAUAUUAUUAUUAAUGAUUCCUCCAAACCGUAGCUUAACAUUUGAUAGUUGAAAAUACUGGUCUCUAGUGUAGUGUGAGGUAUCAUUAUAUUCAUACACAUAGGGUCUACUUAUAAUUAUGCACUCAGAUCAAAUAAGCUUGGAGGCUGAGAUCUUAAAGUACCGGAAUGAAAUGUUAAUGAAAACUACCACACCAACAAUAGUGACAGUGACCACAUAGAUGAUGAUGAAGUAAUUUUAAUGGGAUUGAUAUCGAAGUUUUGUGACGUCCCCCCAGAACAGCAGAUUCUUGGCUAAGUAGGAGGCCAUAUGGGGCGCUUUGUUAGGAGGAUUUGGUUGUGUGUUUAAACCAUACUUAUGAAGAAGGCUUUGUCGAAUGAAAAAACGACUUUCAGAGAGAUUAGUAGUACCUAUCUGAUAGUGCUCGACACUCAUAUUGUAAGCUUUGGUGUGUUGUUGUGUGCCAUAUUGAAGUGUCGCUUCCACCUUAGAUCUCAGCUCCACUGCAGGUUUUGUUUGUUAUUUGUUUUGUUUUUUACUGUAUUUACUGCUGUGUUCAUGAUUCACUACUGUGGAUACUUUGUAGACCAUCCUUUGGGUACAAUCAUUUCUACAGUUUCUAUCAACAAUCAAUUAUAUAUUACCUUUUUGUAUAAGUCACACACAUUUACUGUGGUGUGGUAUUGAUAGUUCAUAUUCAUAUAUAAUUAACAGUUUUUCCUGCAUUACUGCAUUGCUACAUUCUGAUGAAUAUGAUACCCUCCACUUUGAUUUUACAAAAUCUAAUAUAUUAUACAUUUGCAUGUGGUUUAUUUCUUAACAUUCCUUUGAUUUGACCAGUGUUUACAAACAAAUAAUAUGAUUCUCCCAAUAUACACUAUUCCAUGCAAUUAUACCGAUUUGAAAAGCCAAUAUCCUCGCUGAUUUUAACAACAAUGGAGUUAAGAAUGAUUUUAGGGAUAGGGAGAGAGGAUUUCUGUUGCAGUUACUAGAAGUAUGAUAAUGUAAUAUUUUAAAAAUGAAGUGUUCCUUGUUUUUUUUCUCUACACAUUCGAAUCUAUGGUCUUCAAAGACAUAUACUUUUUGUUAGUGACCGAUCUUUUAAUAGUUUAGUAGCCCUCACAAUAGUUUUCGGCACAAGCUUUUCCUUUGGAAGUCGAUAUGUUGGAAAUUAUAGCGUGGAUAAAGGAUACAUGUUUAGAAACCACACAGUCUUAUUCGUGUAGACAAAAGACUUUAGAACCAUAACAAUGUUUACUGUUUGCAAUCACUAUUACUUAAAGCAAGUUACUGUAAAUCAUAAUAAUGUUAUGUUUGUUGCAUUGUGAUUAAAUUGCUCAAUCAAUGUACUCAUGCAGGGAGUCAAUAACAAUAGUAUUAGAGGUGGCCAACUGAGGAGAGCCCAUAAUUAUUUUUUUGUUUUUUUGUUCAUUUCUCUUUUAACAAUCGUUUACCCUAAAUGAUGUGAACAUUUUUCGUCAUCAUAUUAUUAUUUUCUCAUUCCUAAACAUUGUGAGAAAAUCUUGUUAGUAUGUAAGUGUUUCAGCACCUAUGAAAUGACAGCUUGGACUGAAUGUUUCUAAAAAAAACCCCGGAAUGUUUGGGAGUCUUACUGAGUCUGUCGAGGUGAUAAUGAAUGCUUAGGCAAUAAGACGGCUUUUGAGAAGGGGUGUGUUAUGUAAAUGCAGUCUUAUAUUGUGUAUUAUAUUAACAUUUGAAAAAGGAAAGUAGUUUUUAUAUUUAAAAAUGCUGCUCUGGAGCUAAACUUCAGAAAUGAGUCUGAGAACUGAAACAAAUUUGUAGGAUGACUGAAGUGUACCAGCAUGGCAUUCUUGACGCGCAAGUUUGACUCCUUGUACUUGCUCUACAGGUUUUGAGCGCAACAUGAGAGCAAUAAGUACAGAAUGAAGUGUC